AUGCCUUUGAAUAUUCAAAAUCUAAAUGCUUUGAAUUUUCUAUUUUUUGAACACUAUUUAUAUAUUAAUAUUGUUCUCUUUCUGCAGAACAUUUUGGCUUUAAAUCCCCGAACCCAGACUCAUGCAACUCUCCAUUCAACUGCAGCAAAGAAACAGGUCAAGAAGCAAUGGAAAAGGAAUUCUGAUAAAAGCUGUUCAGACUGUGAAAAACUGGAAAAUAAUUUUGACGACAUCAAGCACACGACUCUGGGUGAGCGUGGAGCCCUUCGCGAAGCAGUGAGAUGCUUAAAGUGUGCAGAUGCCCCAUGUCAGAAGAGUUGCCCAACUAAUCUGGACAUCAAGUCGUUCAUCACAAGUAUUGCAAACAAGAACUAUUACGGAGCUGCCAAAAUGAUUUUUUCUGACAACCCACUUGGCCUCACAUGCGGAAUGGUGUGUCCAACUUCUGAUCUUUGUGUUGGUGGCUGCAAUUUGUAUGCCACUGAGGAAGGACCAAUUAAUAUUGGUGGGUUGCAGCAGUUUGCUACUGAGGUGUUCAAAGCUAUGAAUAUUCCUCAGAUUAGAAACCCUUCAUUACCUCCUCUAAAAGAGAUGCCUGAAGCCUAUCAUGUGAAGAUAGCUCUCCUUGGUGCAGGACCUGCAAGUAUAAGUUGUGCUUCUUUCCUCGCUCGAUUGGGCUACUCAAACAUCACCAUAUAUGAAAAGCAGGAAUAUUUUGGUGGCUUAAGUAUGUCUGAAAUCCCACAGUUCCGAUUGCCAUAUGAUGUAGUGAAUUUUGAAGCUGAGCUUAUGAAGGAUCUUGGAGUGAAGGUCGUUUUUAGUAAAGGCCUUGCGAUAGAUGGAAUGACGCUCCGUACCUUGAAAGAAGAUGGUUACAAAGCAGUCUUUAUUGGAAUAGGUUUGCCAGAACCAAAAAGAGAUGCUAUAUUCCAAGGUCUGAGAAUGGAUCAAGGAUUCUACACAUCUAAAGACUUUCUACCUUUGGUAGCAAUGGCAAGUAAACCAGGGAUGUGCGCCUGUCACUCUCCGUUGCCAUCAAUACGUGGAACUGUGGUUGUACUUGGGGCAGGAGACACUGCUUUUGACUGUGCAACGUCUGCCUUACGCUGUGGCGCUCGCCGCGUAUUUGUGGUAUUCAGAAAGGGAUUCACUAACAUCAGGGCUGUCCCAGAAGAGAUGGAACUUGCAAAAGAAGAGAAGUGUGAAUUUCUGCCUUUCCUCUCCCCUCGGAAAGUGGUACUUAGAGGUGAACAAAUUGUUGCUAUGGAGUUUGUUCGAACUGAACAAGACAAAGAUGGAAAUUGGAAAGAAGAUGAGGAUCAGGUUGUCCGUCUGAAAGCUGAUGUGGUGAUCAGUGCCUUUGGUUCAGUUUUAAGUGACACUAAAGUCAGAGAAGCCAUGGCACCUCUCAAAUUUAAUAGAUGGGGUCUCCCUGAAGUAGAUCCAGAAACUAUGCAAACAAGUGAACCGUGGGUGUUUGCAGGAGGAGAUAUUGGUGGUCUUGCUAACACUACUGUGGAAUCAGUAAAUGAUGGAAAACAAGCUUCCUGGUACAUGCACAAAUACAUACAGUCUUUAUAUGGUGCUGCUGUUUCCACUACUCCGGAACUACCACUCUUCUAUACCCCUAUUGAUUUAGUAGACAUCAGUGUAGAAAUGGCUGGACUAAAGUUUCCAAAUCCUUUUGGUCUUGCCAGUGCAACUCCUACUACUAGUUCUUCAAUGAUUCGAAGAGCUUUUGAAGCUGGAUGGGGCUUUGCUGUCACUAAAACCUUCUCCCUGGAUAAGGACAUUGUGACCAAUGUUUCUCCGAGGAUUGUGCGCGGAGUUACUUCGGGUCCGAUAUAUGGCCCAGGACAAGGCUCUUUUCUAAACAUUGAACUGAUCAGCGAGAAAACAGCAGCCUAUUGGUGUAAAAGUAUUGCUGAAUUAAAGGCUGACUUUCCGAACCACAUUCUAAUUGCAAGUAUCAUGAGCAGCUAUAGCAAAGAUGACUGGACGGAGCUUUCAAAAACGGCUGAGGUUGCUGGAGCAGAUGCGCUGGAGUUAAAUUUAUCAUGUCCUCAUGGCAUGGGGGAGAGAGGCAUGGGCCUGGCCUGUGGGCAGGAUCCAGAGCUGGUACGGAACAUCUGUCGCUGGGUUAGACAAGCUGUUCAGAUUCCUUUCUUUGCCAAGCUGACCCCAAAUGUCACUGAUAUUGUGAAAAUUGCGGUGGCUGCGCAGGAAGGCGGUGCAGAUGGUGUUACAGCCACCAACACUGUGUCGGGACUGAUGGGACUGAACGCGGACAGCACACCUUGGCCAGCAGUUGGUGGAGGACAGAGGACCACAUAUGGUGGCGUGUCAGGGAAUGCCAUUCGACCCAUUGCCCUCCGUGCAGUGUCUGCCAUAGCCCGUGCUCUUCCAGGAUUUCCCAUCUUAGCAACUGGAGGAAUCGAUUCUGCUGAAAGUGGGCUCCAGUUUCUGCACAGUGGCGCUUCUGUUUUACAGGUGUGCAGUGCAAUCCAGAAUCAAGAUUUCACUGUUAUUGAUGACUACUGCACUGGUCUGAGAGCCCUCCUUUACCUGAAAAGUAUUGAGGAACUUGAAGACUGGAAUGGUCAGAGUCCUGCUACCAUACGCCAUCAAAAAGGAAAACCAGUACCUAGAAUUGCUGAUCUGAUGGGAAAGAAACUACCUAGUUUUGGGCCUUACCUGGAACAACGCAAACAGAUAAUAGCUGAGAGCAAGAUUAAACUGAAGAAACAGAGCACAGCUGCUUUGCUCCCCCUGAAAAAGCAUUUUGUUCCAAAGAAGCCCAUUCCAGCUAUCAAGGAUGUAAUUGGAAAAGCACUGCAGUAUAUUGGAGCAUAUGGCGAACUAAGCAACACAGAGCAAGUUGUGGCUCUGAUUGACGAGGAAAUGUGUAUCAACUGUGGCAAAUGUUACAUGACCUGUAAUGAUUCUGGCUACCAGGCUAUACGGUUUGAUCCCGAAACCCACCUGCCCACGGUUACUGACGCUUGUACCGGCUGCACCCUGUGUCUCAGCGUCUGCCCGGUUAUUGACUGCAUCCGCAUGGUUUCCAGGACAACCCCGUACGAACCAAAGCGAGGGCUGCCCUUAGCGGUGGACCCCGCGUGUUGA